CUCUCUCUCUCUCUCUCAGAGCAAUAACUCCUCUCUCCCUGCCACAUCUUCUCCGCCUGUUCCCUUUCCCUUUCUUCCCCUCCUCACCCUCUCCCUUCAUAUCCAUCCUCUGUCUGUCUCUCUCUUCAUUCUAUCUCCUCUUUUUUCUCGUCCGUUUACUUUCUCUCUCAUCCCCCAAGAAUUCUUCUUAAAUUCUCUUCACAUGAAAGCAAAAAAAAAAACCCAAAUCACAACCCACCUUUAAAACCACCACUCACGCAUCCUCUUCCAAAAAGUAGUUUUUCCCUUUGACCCUUUUGCCCUGAAUAUCAGAUCUUACCUAUCUCCCACUUUUUUGAACCCCUAUAACUUCAAUAGGGUUUUUCUCUCUCUUCUCCACAAAAAAGUCCACUCCGCCUAAUCCCAUAUUUAUUUUUCCGUUAUGUUUUGAAGAGAGAGAGAGAGAGAGAUAGAGAGAGGAGCGAGAUCUUCGUGGGGGUUACAGAAAAGCUGGUUUUGAAAUUUGUCAAAGGCGAGUUGACACCGAGUCAGCUCUGCGGUGCUACUUUUGUAGGAAGUAACGACAGACUGGAAGGAUAAAGAAAAGGGGGAUUUUUCUUGUUUGAAAGCCGGAAACAAAAGUCCAUGUUUUGGUUCUGUUUUUACAUGUAACCAAUCUCAUUUAGCUUUGGUGCUCAGGCUCAGACAGUGCCAGAGAAUCUAUUAAAAACUCAACGCCCCACUUAACGUCAUCACUUUCUAGACUCUAGAGAGAGAGAGAGAGAGAGAGAGAGAGAGAAUGAACAGUAUGAUGUAGCUAGGGGUGUCUGACUUAAAGGCCGAGAAGGAAUGGAUUUGGAUUUUCUACGGAGCUAGUCAUUUUCCAGUCAAGAUUGAAGAACAUAAAUUGGAGAAAUUUUAGCCCUAAGGAUAUAUCAAGAUGUUUCAGCCAAACAUGUUUGAUGGGCAUCACAUACUAGAUAUGGUCCACAAAACCCCAGAAAGUGAGAUGGAUUUGAUCAGAGAUGAAGAAUUCGAAAGCAAAUCUGGGACUGAUAUCAUGGAAGCCCCAUCCGGUGAUGAUCAAGAUCUAAACAACAAUCAACGGUCCAAAAAGAAGCGGUACCACCGCCACACGCAGCACCAGAUCCAGGAAAUGGAAGCUUUUUUCAAGGAGUGCCCACAUCCAGAUGAUAAGCAAAGGAAGGAUUUGGGGAGAAGAUUAGGGUUGGAGCCUUUGCAAGUUAAAUUUUGGUUUCAAAACAAGCGCACACAGAUGAAGUCCCAUCACGAGCGGAGUGAGAACUCACAGCUCAGGGCCGAGAACGAAAAGCUUCGAGUGGAGAACAUCAGGUACAAAGAAGCCCUCAGCAAUGCUUCGUGUCCCAACUGUGGAGGCCCCGCUGCCAUUGGUGAGAUGUCCUUUGACGAGCAGCAAUUGAGGGUCGAAAACGUUCGUCUUCGGGAAGAGAUCGACAGGAUAUCCGGAAUUGCUGCAAAGUAUGUAAGCAAACCUAUGCUUUCCUAUCCCCAUGGAACACCAAGAUCACUUGACAUAGGGUUUGGCAGUUUCGGGCCACAGCCGGGCUUGGUAGGGGACUUAUUCGGGGCGAAUGACCUUCUCAGAUCCGUGUCCGGCCCAACUGAGGCAGACAAGCCCAUGAUCAUUGAGCUUGCAGUAGCAGCAAUGGAAGAAGUGAUCAGGAUGGCGCAAGCUGGCGAACCCUUAUGGAUCCCGAGCCCAGACAAAUCCACCGAGAUUUUGAGCGAAGAUGACUACAUACAGACCUUCCCUCGAGGAAUUGGGCCGAAACCUCUGGGCUUGAAGUCCGAGGCUUCGCGUGAAUCUGCAGUGGUUAUAAUGAAUCACAUUAGCCUUGUUGAGAUUCUAAUGGAUGUGAAUCAAUGGACGAAUGUUUUUUCGGGCAUUGUUUCGAGGGCAGUGACUUUGGAGGUUCUGUCUACUGGAGUGGCAGGGAACUAUAACGGAGCUCUGCAAGUGAUGACAGCUGAGUUUCAGGUCCCUUCGCCACUCGUUCCAACUCGAGAAAACUACUUUGUAAGGUACUGUAAACAGCAUGCCGAUGGAACUUGGGCAGUGGUGGAUGUAUCCCUUGACAAUUUGCGCCCCAGUGCAAUAUCCCGAUGCAGAAGGCGGCCAUCCGGUUGUUUGAUUCAGGAAUUACCAAAUGGCUACUCAAAGGUCAUAUGGGUUGAACACGUGGAAGUGGACGAUAGGGCUGUUCACACUAUUUACAGACCACUAGUCAAUUCAGGUCUUGCGUUCGGAGCAAAACGUUGGGUAGCAACAUUGGACCGACAGUGUGAACGCCUAGCAAGCGCGAUGGCCCAUAACAUACCAGCAGGUGAUGUUGGAGUCAUAACAACUCCAGAAGGAAGGAAGAGUAUGUUGAAACUGGCUGAGAGAAUGGCGAUGAGCUUCUGCACGGGUGUAGGUGCUUCUACGGCGCACACCUGGACCACAUUGUCGGGAAGUGGGGCUGACGAUGUAAGGGUCAUGACCAGAAAGAGUAUGGAUGAUCCUGGGAGGCCACCUGGGAUCGUACUCAGCGCUGCAACCUCGUUUUGGCUCCCAGUCCUGCCAAAACGAGUGUUUGAUUUCCUUCGCGAUGAGAAUUCUCGAAGUGAGUGGGAUAUCCUCUCAAACGGUGGCCUAGUUCAAGAAAUGGCACAUAUUGCGAAUGGUCGUGAUCCUGGCAACUCAGUUUCCCUAUUACGAGUUAAUAGCGCAAACUCAAGCCAGAGCAACAUGCUGAUACUACAAGAAAGUUGCAUCGACGCCACUUCCUCUUAUGUCAUAUAUGCUCCGGUUGAUAUUGUGGCCAUGAAUGUGGUUUUGAAUGGUGGAGACCCGGAUUAUGUCGCCCUCCUACCGUCUGGCUUUGCUAUACUUCCGGAUGGGCCUGCACAUCACAGAGGAGGAAUUCCAGACGCUGGAUCUGGGGGAUCAUUACUUACCGUAGCAUUUCAAAUCUUAGUAGAUUCGGUUCCAACAGCAAAACUCUCUCUGGGAUCGGUGGCGACGGUUAACAGCCUUAUUAAGUGCACAGUUGAACGUAUUAAGAGCGCUGUGGGUGGUGAGAUUGCAUGACCAAAGGGCAUUCUCAAGG